CUAGAGAUAACCUGUUACUAUAGGGACAGUGUUUCGAACCGCCUCGAAGUGAGAUGAGGCCGAUCUCGCAUUUGAGAACAAGUGAAUAACACCAGGCACACAAAUCUCACUUCGCGUGCCAACAACCGUUUUCUUUAUUGCGAGUCGGUGUUAGUCUUUCCUCUGUUACCCUUCUCUGAUCACCGGUUUUUACCCUCGUUCUCAUCUACCUCCCUCGUUCCAUCAACCCUAAGCAUCAUAUUGAACCUGUCACGUCGCGUCGCACCGGCUCAAGCUUGAUAUCACGAUCAAGAUGCCUCCGAUAACAGUCAGCCAGGAAGAGCAGCCCCAUGAUGAAUUCCUCCAAGAACGCUUUGGGAAGUUGUUCGACAUCAGCAACGAGGCGCUGGUCGAGCUUGCCCUCAGCGUCCGCAGCAAAUACAUCACCAACACUCAAGCCACCGCGAAAGUCCUCGAGCACUGGAUCGGCACCUACAACCUCAUCCACGUCAUCGGAUUCAGCGACGGACUGAAGUACGUGAUCCGCGUGCCUGCAAGCGCCCGCCACGGGCAGAUGUCGGAGGCUGCGCAGCGAGCCCUGGUCAGCCAGGCGCGGAUGAUGCGAUUCAUCAAGAAACGAACCAUGAUCCCGAUGCCAGACGUGUUCGACUUCGACGCGGGAUUCGCCAACCCGCUCAAGACGCCCUACAUCGUGCUCAGCUACAUCCCCGGCCGCAUGGUGGCGGAGGCCUGGUUCGACCGGUCCGGCCCCGUGCAACUCGAGGAGAAACGGCUGCGGAUCCUGGACAGUGUGGCCGAGGCGAUGGCGCAGCUGCGCGGGUUCCAGUUCGAGCAGAUCGGGUCACUCGACGUGGCGGAAGAGCGGCUGGGCCAGCUCAACGCGAUGGCGCCCUGCUACGGGUGGGAGGAGAACUACCAGGACGACGGCGGCCACGUCUUCCACGUCCAGCAGUGCGGGCCCUUCUCCUCCUCGACCGCGUACCUGCGCCACCGGCUGCAGCGCGUCACCCAGUGGACGGAGACCCCCAGCGACCGCGGCUGCCGCGUGCUGCUCGACCUGAUGAUCGACUGCCUGCCGCGCUCGACCCGCCGCCGCAGCGACUCCCACGAGUCCUUCGUGCUCAGCGUCCCCGACCUCAGCGCCAAGAACGUCCUCGUCGACGAGCAGGGCGCCGUGACCGGCUUCGUCGACUGGGACGGCGCCCACACCAUGCCGCGCUACCUGGGCUACUCCAGCUUCCCCGGCUGGAUCACCACCGACCUCAACCCGCUGCACUUCAUCUGGGCCGAGGACUUCGAGGAAUCCCCCGAGCUGCUGAAGCAGUACCGGCUGUUGUACAACCGCAAGAUGCAGGGCCUGCUGCGGGGCUCCGGCGACGCCAAGUUCGUCCACAAGUCCCAUAUCUACGAGGCAAUGCACCUGGCCGUCUGCACCCUACGCCCUCGCCUGGAGAUCGUCACCACCCUCGUCGCCAAGGCGUUCCCCACCAAUACGGAGGUGGCCAUGAAUCUCAUCAUGCUGGCGGGCGAGGGAAGACUGUCGACGCAUGAUAAGGAUCAGUUGACCAGAGGCUUUCAGCUGUUGUUCGCGGUCUCUUACUGACUUGCUGAUAUGGUAUGCAGGGAAUGGAAAUAUGUUCUAUGAAGGUGGCAGCAUGUAUCCAGCAGGACUUCUGGGUUGGAAGUAUCUGACUUCAUGUGAAAUAGCAUGGCUCUCAUUAAAUCAAUG